UGUUUGUUUGUGCGCUUGUUUGUUUGUUUGUUGUUCUUUGUUGAAGUUUUCUUCUAAGGGUUUCGCGAACUCGUUUUCAAUAUGGUCAAGGAUGACAACCAGUAAAACCAGUAAAACCAGUAAAACCAGAUUAACACGAGGCCAACCAAUGGAACACUUGCCAGAUAAUUGGACCUCUCACGUUGCUCCGUCCGGGCAUAAGUACUACUAUAACGCGGUGACGAAGGAAUCCACGUAUACCAAACCAAUUAUAGAGAGGGACAAUCAAGGAAGCGUACCCUUGUUUCGAAUACCGCUGGUUCCACAAUGGUCAUUGGUUAUAACGAAUCUUGGGGAUCACUUCUUCCAUGAUGAAUCGACAGGUGAAUCUUACUGGACAGUUGAUAAUGAAGAAGUUAAACAGUCCAUUGAUAAGUUGAACAAGGAUGGCUUGGUACUUUUGAUCGCUAAGGCGAGGGGUUUGGACUUGGAUACGGAUAUGUUGCUUAAAUUGGAGGAACUGGCCUCAUAUCGACGUGAUUGUAAUAGAGAUGAUCACAUUGUCAGAGAUGACCACGUUGUCAGAGAUGAUCACAUUGUCAGAGAUGAUCACAUUGUCAGAGAUGAUCACAUUGUCAGAGAUGAUCACAUUGUCAGAGAUGAUCACAUUGUCAGAGAUGAUCACAGUCGCAGCGACAACGAAAACUAUUAUGCACCAAAUAAGCAUUCACUUGUUGGUGGAUACUUAUCUAGUGACGAGGAAACUGAAUCAGGCGAUGAAAAAGAUAUGAACGCUAAUAAAGAACAAGCUCUUAAGUCUCUUGAUCAAAGUGACGAAUCCUCUGGAGAGGAAAAUGGAUUGAAUAUAAACGAUUUGUCUUCAGAUGAUGAAGACGCUCAGAUAGACUUAGAAUCAACAAACCAACACGCCGUUGAAAUCUUCCAUCAAUUGCUUGAAGAAAACAACAUCAAUCCUUUCAAUCCUUGGCAUGACGAAUCUUUAAAACUUGUGAAUGAUGUAAGAUUCAUGUCCAUACCAAAGGAUAGUGUUAGAAAACAGCUAUUUGACCAAUGGUGUCGAGAUGAAAUAGCAAAAUCCAGACAAGGUGGUGAUCUUUCACAAAACAAACAAGGCGUGAGUCCAGUAGUGCUCUACCUAAGAUAUUUGGAAUCGCUGGAGAGACCUCUGGAUCGAAUCUACUCGAGGUUUAAAUCCUUACAUAGAGAUGGACUGAGAGCUUUUAGAGAUAUAGGGGAAAGGAAACGGGAAGCCAUCUACAAAGAAUACGUUAUAUUGACGUCAAAGUCCUUGAGUACGAGAGAAGAGGUGUUUAUGAACCUGUUGCGAUCUUCAAAAUCAGUUACAAAACAACUAGCACGGAAUAAACAGUUGCUACAAUCAUCUUCAUCUUACCUCAAUUCAGUACAACUGCUGAUCAACAAUAGUCCAGAUCAUCACGACUGUAUGGCACAUCAUGAUGACUUAUACUCUAAACUUGACAGGUUUGAAAAAGAACUCAAUGUCCCUGAUAUUUUAAAACUCAACACCAAAUACUACAUUGUUGGCGUUGCAACACGUAUCCAGCUACUCAAACAGCUACUUGAACAGCUUCUUCUACAAUCCACAUGAAUUAAUAAACAUAAAACGUGUAUAAUAUAAGUAUUGUAAUAAGGUA